AUGGAAGAAGAAACCUAAGGAUUAGUUGAAUAGAAAAUUAAAUUAAACAAUGCAAAGGGAUACAAGAAGAUAGUAUCUCCCAUAUUAAACACCAUAAUGCUCAUGAUAGUAUUCUGUUUAAUUGCCUUCAUGUUAUCGAUGAUGAUCCAAUAAUAAAAGUUAACAUAGCAUAAUCAAACAUCUAUGCUUCAGAAAUAACAGAUAAGAAAACCCUCAAUUGACACGAAUACAUACGAAUACAUGACUUUGGAAAAUGGACUUUCAGUAUUGCUGAUCUAGAAUAAUGAUGCUAUCAUCUCGUAAGUGGCAUUAAGUGUAAAAGCAGGAUCAUUUCAAGAACCAUCUGAUUAUGGUGGGUUGGCCCAUUUAUUAGAGCACAUGCUGUUUGUUGGAUCCCACACAUAUCCAGACCCCAAUUAUUUUAAUUCCUUGAUUUACAAUAAUGGAGGCACUAAUAAUGCUUACACUGAGAAUUAUGAAACCAAUUAUUACUUCACAAUCUAAAACAGUGCUUUGCAAUAAGGCUUGGAUGUGUUCAGUCACUUUUUCAUAGAUCCCAUAUUGGAUUAGAAGAUGGUAGAGAAGGAAGUGAAUGCAGUGAACAAUGAAUAUGAAAUUAUCACCAGCUCUGAUGAUUGGAAAAUUGAAGCCUUAUUAAAGAUCAUUUCACAAAAAUCCCAUCCAUUUAGUUGGUUCUCCAUUGGAAACCUAAAUACUUUAUUAAAAGAUGAAAGUAAUUAUUUUACAUAUACUUUCAAUAGUAUCAGAAUUGCUGAAACAAUUUUUUAAUGAAGUUUACUCCUCUAAUUUGAUGUCAUUGGUUGUUGAAAGCAGUUUGUCAAUAUCUGAACUCAAAAGCUAUAUCAAGAAUUUUGAAAAGAUCAAAAACAACAAUUUGAUUGAGCCUACUUGUGAAGAUUUAGGAUAUCCAAUCUAAUACGGUCCUCAAGUUAUCAGUUAUAAAUCAAAUUCAGAUGUCAAGAAGGUUUACAUGACACAUUAGUUAUCUGAUGUUCAACAAUAAUACAAAACAAAAUCAAUUGAAUUCAUUGUUAAUUUAAUUUCGUAAAGCAAAGGAGUAAAAGAAUAUCUAAUACAAAACAAUCUAAUUAUAGAUAUGUCAAGUAGUGUUUUAUUUAAUGAUCAUAAUGGUUGUUUUAGUGUGUUAGCUCUAGAGUUUUAGGUUUACGAUCUCAAUGAUUAUGAUAAAAUCAUCUAAACAGUCUUUUCUUAUUAUUUCUACCUUAUAUAGACUUUAUUUGAUGAUAAAGGAGAUACUCUUGUUGAUAAUGCUAAAAUAAGAUCAUUAUAUAAUGAUUAUAAGAAAAUAGCCACAUUGAAAUUUGAUUAUAAUGAAAACAUCAUAGAUGAUAUUCAAGAGAUAGCACAUAACUUGAAUUUUUAUGGAUUUCAUGAUGUUUUAUCAAGGAAAUUUUUGUAUGAAGAUUAUGACCCUGAAUUGAUAUACUUUUAUCUUACUGAUCUCCUGGAUAUUGAUAAUUUGAAUGUGUUUUUAGGGGAUUCUCAAUUAAAUCAUCCUGAUGUACAAUAUGACAAAGUCAACAGGAUUAAUUAUGCAUUUGUGGACAUUCCAGGCUCUGUCAUUUAGAAAAUAUAAUCUUAUGAUGAAAUUGAGCAACCUAAAUUUUAAUUGCCUUCCAUUCACAAAUACUAACCAAAUGAUUUGAACAUGAAAUCAUUUUGCAAACCAUACUAAAGUGAUAAGGAAGAUCCUUAUGAGGAUUUACAAAACGAAAAAAUGCUUAUCUAGAGAAAUUCUGAGAUGGUCUUCUCAAAUGUUGAAGUAAUUAUUGUUUACAAUGUAUAUAGGAAUGCUUACAAUAUGAACACUAAUAUGAAGAAUUAUAUCCACUUCCUGAAUACUUAUUAAAGUCAUCAAUUGGAAAAUUAUGGUGGAAACUAGACAGGUCUUAUAAAACUCCAGCCAUUUUUAUGGGAAUGAAAAUUGAUAAAAUCAACUUUUAAUUCACUCUGCGAUAACAAGUAUUAUUAAAAGUAUUCUAAUCUUACACUUCCACAAUGAUUUCACAACAUCUAGAUGCAGCAUUUUAAAACAAUUAUAAUUUCUAAUUUUCAUCAUCACCUAAUCAUAUCAUCUUUAAUAUUUAUGGAUGGAAUGAUAAGUUCUUUGAAUUUAUAGAAGAUUCAUUAACAUUUUUCACCAAGCAACAAAUCGAUCAAUAGGUUUAUGAUUAAACACUGAAGACUUUAAUGAAUAACUUAAAUGAAGAGUUGCAAACUCCCUUAUAUUAAUAAAUUAGAAAUCGCUUUUUCUUUAAUGUAAUCGUUAUUCUUUAUGUUUUAGACUCUUAUCUAAGGAUAUUAUGAACCUUAGCAACUCUUGUAAGAAUUAAAGAGUAUUAAUAUCAAAGAUUACGAAUAAUUUCAUUCGUAAUUGUUCAAAGGAACAAACUUUUAACUCUAUUUAACAGGGAAUGUUCUCAGGGAAGAGGCCCUUUCCCUUUUCAAAUCCAUAGAGAAAAAGCUAUUCGGAAAACAAAAACACUUGGAUUACAAUCCCAUCUAUUCCAAAAUUCUUAAACUCUCUAAUAAUUAUAUUAUUCCAUAUGCAGCAGAGUCUGAUGACAUCAAUGGUGCUACCUACAAUUAUUAUAUUUUUGGAAAUAGGAAUAGGAAACAAUUUGCAAUAAUGAAUAUCUUAAAAGGAACCUUUGAUAGUUAUGCAUUUAAUUAUUUGCGAACUGACUUGCAAUUGGGAUAUUUAGUUUCAGCUAAGUUUUAGCCUUUAGAAUGUCUCGAUGGAGCAGCAAUCUUAGUCUAAGGAAGUGCUAAAUCCCCCUACUAAGUUAAUUAGCAUAUUGAAGAUUUUCUUUAACACUUUUAUGAAGAAAUAGAGAAGAUGACAGAUUUCGACAUUGAAGAAUUAAAGAAAGCAGCUGUAAUUGAAUCAUUAUAAUAUAGAUCCAAUAACUGAGAUAAAAAGAAAAAACUUUAUUCGAAAAAGGACAGACAUAUUGGGAUCAUAUUUCCAAUAAUGAUUAUAUAUUUGAAGAAAAAGAGAUAACCAUUGAUUAAAUUGAUCUACUUAAAAAAGAAGAUUUACUUACUUUUCUUAAUUCUGCCUUCAAGAAGUCAUCCAAAAUAAGCAUUCAACUUUAUGGAAAGCACAUGCUUAAAGGUCAGCCAGUUGAAGAUUUCUUGAAAAGCCAAAGCCCAAUCAACAGUUUUUCAAAUAUUGAGGAGAAACUAUCAGAUAAAGAGAAAAUAAAAGUUGGAGCAAUGUUAUAUUAAUGUUCUUUUAAAUUAGGAUAGAUAUGA